CCUCUCCCUAAUAACUUAAAUUAUUAUAUUCUCUUUUCAUAAUUUCAUAAGUAAUCAAAUUAAAUUUUAUUAACAUAAAUUAUAAUACGAAAAUCACGAUCAGUGGAACGUGAUGAAAAUGUCACAAUUAAACUAUCAAAGUUCAAACGAACUACGUGGACUUUGAUCCCGUCUAACGGGUACGUAGGCAACCGAUAAGGUUCGAGUCCAACUAACCAAUUAACUUUAUAUUUUAAAUUUUUAUGUCAGUAAGCGUAUGAUCAAAUUACAACUAAUACGAUUUAAUCUCUUUAGUGGUCUGGUAAGACCCUAAAAAUACCUAAAAAACCUAAUGAUAAAUUAAUACGAUAAAAUCAUUAAAUGGUCCAGUGGGACCCUAAAAUAACAAAAACAUUACUAAAAAUACACCCUGAGUGGUAAGCACAGUGUUGAUCUGACCUGUACCAAUUUGGAUAUGGAGGUUUCAUUGGCUCACAUGGUAUUGGGGAAAUUAGGUGAGUCUGAAUUAGUAAACUAAUCAGUAAACUCUAUCUUUUAAUUUAAUUGAAUGCAAGGGACGGUUGCGACAGUUGGCGACUCCGCUGGGGACUUCGAGAGUCGAGCUACAUAAUUAAGUUCGAUAAGUUUUCUAUUUUCCUAUCAAAUGUUGGGUGUUUACUUUCUUAUUUGCGCAAUUAUAUUUUCGCAAUUUAAUUCUGCAUUCAUGCAUAAAAGCUCUAUACCCGAGCUAUCCUAUUAGAAACGGAAAAGGAGUACCGUGACUUUCACAGUGGUGGUAGUCACGCAAAACUUUCCAACCAAGUUGAACUCAGAUCCGAGGAUGAUCUUGAGGUAUCCAACCAGUUCGUAAGGGCUAUGGUAGGAUACAACUUGGGAGCCAAAUCCUUAGGAAUUCCUCUGCCAGCAUAUAGUAAGCAUCGAGGCCUCCCUAAACCGUCCAAAAUAAUCCCUAAACAACCCUAGAACCGCGUCAUUAUGCCCUCUGAAAGCCCUAAGUUUUUCCCAAAUAGGGUUAUGUUCUUAUUAUCUAUAUGUAUGUUUUCUACUGACGUGAUAAUUUGUGGUAUGUUUUACCAAUCGCGAUAUAUUUAUUUGUGAGAACAAUGUGAAUUUUUCUUUUCUUCUUUUUAAAAAAAAAAAGAAACUCAUAAGCAUCAUUUUGGGUUUACGCUUAUGCAUUCAAAAUAAAUCAUGUGGACAUUUUCAAAAUGCACGUGCAUCCAAUGGAUCAUCUGUGCAUCUGUGCAUCGCAUAAGCAUCAUACAUACUCUCCAUCGUUCAUUCAAGUCAAUUUAAUAAAAGUAAUUGGUCAGGGUUCCUUAAAAUUGCUCGUCCACAAGGAAAAAAUCAAGACUUCAAGUACUUAACUAGAUCCAAGCUCGAGGUCGUCAUGGAUGCAUUUCAAAAAGAGUUGAACGACAUCAAAGGAAAGCUGACCGGGUUUGACGAGAAGCUAGUGGGGUUCGAUGAGAAACUAACGGGCUUCGAUGAGAUGAAAAGCCAGCUCAACACAAUAGUGAGCAUAUUGUCCAGAAAAGGGAAGGAGGUUGCAACGAACGAGGAAGAAAUCGUAUUUGACGACGACGAUCACUAUGAGCAACCUCAGGGAAACGUCUCAGGUAGUAAAUUCAUUCUCAUACCUUCGAAGAACACAGGUGAAAAAGGUGAUAUUGGGUCAUCAAAGCAUGACAAAUCUGGAGAACCCGAGAAGCAAGAGGAACAUAAAAUUGAAGCUAUGCUAGAAGAAAGAUUAGAACACAUGAAUGAACGAAUAAGAAGCAUAGAAGGAGUUGAGUCGUACGAGCCUAUGGAUGCAUCAAAACUAUGUCUAGUCCCAGAUGUCGUGAUUCCUCACAAAUUUCAAAUGCCAGAAUUUGAAAGAUACAAUGGCACCACUUGCCCAAAAAGUCAUCUGGUCAUGUACUGUAACAAAAUGGCCAACCAUAUUCGAGAUGAAAGGCUAAUGGUACAUUGCUUCCAAAACAGCCUGAGUAGUUCUGCCCUACGAUGGUAUAUGCAACUAGAGAAAACAAAAGUGAGAAGAUGGCAAGACCUCGCUGAUGCAUUUAUGAGGCAUUACAAGCAUAACCAGGAUCUGGCUCCAGACCGAGAAGAUCUGAGGAAUAUGGAAAAGAAUGAGAAAGAGUCUUUCAGAGAAUAUGCUCAAAGGUGGAGAGAGAAAGCUGCAGAUGUUCAACCUCCUCUGUCAGAAAAAGAGAUGGUGUCAAUCUUCUUCGGAACACUAAGGGCUCCAUACUACAACAACAUGGUCGGAAUUACCACAACCAACUUUGCGGAUCUGCUUGUAAUCGGAGAGCGAAUAGAAAAGGGUUUGAAGCAAGGUCGGAUGGAAACCCCAGAAGCCUCUAAGAAACCACACCAAGCCCGAAGAGGAGAAGCAGAUGUCCAUUAUGCUCAAACAGAAUUACCCAGAGGAAGAAGGUGGGAUCAUCAACCUCAAGCCAAUCAAGCCCAUCCAUGUGUUGCAAAUGCUGCAAUAAUUAAUCAACGUCCAAAUUUUCCUACUCAACGAGCCAUCCAGAGCCCGACACGAGUCGCACCACCACCAAAUAACCAAAACCAGAAUAAUUAUGAGAGGUUCAGGAAACCCAUCCAAAUCGAUCCUAUUCCUAUCACAUACACUGAACUUUUUCCUCAGCUAAUUCAAGGUAACCUAAUCUCCCCAAUACCAUGUGAACCUAUGAAACCUCCUUAUCCAAACUGGUUCAAAACAGACCAGCAUUGUGCUUACCACUCGGGAGUAGCAGGACACUCAACUGAGGAUUGCAGAUCGCUCAAGAUCAAGGUCCAACAAAUUAUGAAUACUGGCUGGUUAAAGUUUGAUGAUGAGCCAAAGCGUCCGGAUGUCAACAAUAACCCACUGCCAACUCAUGGGAAUUAGUAGAUAUACUACAAGGCAAAGCUCGAUUUAAGGAUGAUGUUGAUCCUACCUAGUAAAUAAAAUAUCGAGAUAAUUUGCUUUAGCAAAAUAUGUAUCACUUCUGCUUUUAUCAUAAUAAAUAAAAGGUCUUCCAUGUUUCGACCUCUUUGGAGCAUUGUGUGACCACUAUCGAUCUAAAUUUAAGAGUUUGCAUCAAUGUUUUUAUCAAAAUCAUGAAUGCCACUUCGGAUCCUUUUCUUUUUAAAACGGAUUUAUCUUCUACAAAAAUGAAAGCCAUCAAAAUCCAGUUUUAUUUUCAAGCUAAGCCAUGAGAUUGUCAUGCCAAGAAAAUGUGAGCACCCCACUGGUGCUGAGAUUUGGGACACUCCACUGGCGUCGAGCAAUUAUCAACACCAUGCUACUGUCCUAAUUUUGAACACCCACUGGUGUUACGAGUGUACUUGUUUUGCUAAAAUCGAGAGGUGAACACCCUACUGGUGUCCAUGAAUUAUGUGAGCUAAUAGUCAAAGGGUGUAAUGAGUAUACGACAUCAUGCUAUUUGUAGAAACUCGUCACCAUUGUAGUAGACUUUUGCCAACAAAUUGAGGUUUAGUUUGCGUGAAGUCAAAUAGCCAAAUCCCGAUGCACGGGGAGCCUAACAUUACUAUCAUAGCAAGUAAAUCCUCACAGAGUCUCUUGACUAGAAUAUCGAGGAAGAUCAAGGACAUAAUUUAUCAUGCAAAGGAUUCACACGCAGGAAGUAGUCAUGUCCUCGAUUCAGGAGCUUACAUCCUUAUAAGCGGAAAGCGUCCAUUAAACUCACACGUCAAAGUCUAAUUGUGAGGUAUUUGCGCAAUACUGGCAAGCAAACGGUGUCCGCAUCCCCACUUUUACCAAAAAUACCCACUAGUUAUUGAGAAGUGGCACUCACAUCAUCAAUCAUCAAGAAGACACUCUACCUUUCGAUAAUCGUCCUACCAAUUGAAAUUGCUAGAUCAGGGAAAAUGUGAAACUUAUAUGGGGGCAUGACAGAGUCAAGUAAGUCCCACACGCAAAAAAAAAAAAAAAGAGCAAAGAGCAAAGAAAAAAAAGACAAAAGAAAAACAAACAAAGUGUCAUGGGACUUACAAUCUGGGUGCCCCCGGUUUAGCAUUUGAAGUACCAAAUACCUGCACCAAGCCAAAGUCUUGCCCGAUCAAUCUCAAAUACAACAAGAAGGACCUUCAAACAGUAAACUGUGAUGAUAAGAAAGUCGUUCUAGCCAAAACCCAUCAUCCAAGGUACUCAUCAUUUUGAGAGAAAGCCAGAAGCUGAAAAUCCACAACAUUCAACAUUUAGAGGCCAAACAAGGACCUCGACAAGUCUCAAGCCAGAUUGCAUUCACGAAAAUCACAGCCUCGGCUAGUGAAAAAUACUGGGGGGCAAAUCCAGCUGAGAAUACAUUCUGAGAAAAUCCACCAGUAUUUUCGAACAAGACUUUGUCAGCAAAAAGAUCCAGAUAAUAAGUGGUUCUUAAUCCAUCAAGUCAAUCCCAUACUUUGGGGGCAAAUCCAAAAUCCCUCUACAAGAAGCUUUAUUCAGAUAUUGUUGAUAAACUACACCUCAAGAACAAGGAGACUCGUAUCCUCAAAGUCAUAUCGGAUAAAGGCCUCUUUCAUGGGAAACUAAAAACGUCUGUGACGAAGCCAUAUGGAGGUCUCCUAAAUCAAUCAUACCAAGGGCUUCCAUAUUUGAGUAAAUCAUCACAAGGAACACAUUUGGCCACAACAUAAAGCCGACAUCUCAAGGUGACCAGAAUCUUAAUGGUAGCUGAAGUGUCGUACACUCAAAUCACCUAUAGGAAUGAGUGAUGAGCGAAAUCCAAAGCGGGAGUGAGAGCGAGCAAAAUCAAAAGCAAGAGUGAGAGCGAGGGCGUACUGAUAUUCUCAUGACUUGGCUUACAUUUCUCUUAGAAAACCAAAUUUGGCAACAUGACAACUACCACACAAAAACGGUUUUCUCCAAUUUGCACACACUUCUCAAAAGGCAAAGUCUUGACAUGGCUUUCAAUUUUAAUUCUCUAAUAAACGUUUUUCAAACAUUUUUGCUUUCGUCUUAAGUAAAGAUUGAUAUAGUCACUCUUUGUUCCGAAAAAUAGAAAGUGAGUAACGGAUCUUCGGGGGCAAAAUUGGUGCAUCAUGGAAGAAGGGGAAGUCUGAAUACCCAAGAAUCGGAUUAAUCAGCUUUUCACGCAUGAGUUGAUGGAAAAAUCUCAAGGAGUCUGAAAACAUUCAGAUCUCAUCAAGCCAACCAGCCAAUCUAUUAUGCUUCAAAUGCAUAGCAAGAAAGAAGUCCUAUUAUACCGCACUGACUGAUAAUUAUAUGACUCUGAAACAUGUGGCCCAUACCUGGCCGAGAAGAAGGAUGAAGAGCAUACAUCAUCACUUCACCAUACAAAGUAUAUCCUCACACAACUACCACCACAAAGAUAAAUUUCAAGAGAGCAAGCUGAAAGUCUCUCCAACCUAAGCAAAACCUGAGGAUCAAGUUAAACAAAAGGAAAUGGCAGUUCCUAGUAGAUGAGCAAUUUAAAGGAACCCCGAGCAAAAACAAAACAACAUAUUUGCAUACCAAUUGUUUAAUGCAUCAUACCAUCUUUAUCACUCAACAUUCAAGACUUCAUCAUGACAUAUCACACUAUCGUGUUCAAAUCAUUUCGAUACUCACUACAUAACAUCAUUAUACACCAAAGUGACUUGCUAUGCAUCACAAACAUCCCUAAAUUUCUUAAAUAUUUGUAUAAGAGCACGAGAAAACUUUUCAUGCGAAAUACCACUACGCACUUACAUAUUUUCUCAUUGUUCUAUUUGAUUUCUAUCAUAGACAAUUUGAGUACAAUAUCCUUUGCAAAAUUGUUAGUUUGAUCUUUAUCACUAACAUUUUCUCAUUGUUCUAUUUGAUUUCUAUCAUAGACAAUUUGAGUACAAUAUCCUUUACAAAAUUGUUAGUUUGAUCUUUAUCACUAACAUUUUCUCAUUGUUCUAUUUGAUUUCUAUCAUAGACAAUUUGAGUACAAUAUCCUUUACAAAAUUGUUAGUUUGAUCUUUAUCACUAACAUUUUCCUCAUUGUUCUAUUUGAUUUCUAUCAUAGACAAUUUGAGUACAAUAUCAUUUACCAAAUCGUUAGCUUGAUCUUUAUCGCUAACGCUUUCCUCAUUGUGCUAUUUGAUUUCUAUCAUAGACAAUUUGAGUAAAUCUCCUUACGAAAUUGUUAGUUUGAUAUUUAUCACUAACAUCUUCUCAUCGCUUGAUUCGAUUCUUAUAGCGAGCAAUUUGAGUACAAUGUCCCUUGCAAAAUUGUUAGUUUGAUCUUUAUCACUGACAUCUUCCUCAUUGUUUGAUUUGAUUUUUGUCACAAACAAUUUGAGUACAUCGUCCUUAUAAAAUGAUUAGCUUGAC